AUGCGAAAUAAGAAUGAGAUCUUGCAGAAUCUGAUUAGGAUAGACAAUUCAGCCGCAGGGUGCCUAACCCACGGUUCGAAGGACGAAUCCAUUAGCGGCCUAGACCUCAUCAAAUCUAAACCCAAGUAUAAGAAACCAGCAGAUCAAAAAAGCAUUGGUGAAGGGCAAUACAUUGAGCAGUCGCAUGCCAACUACAGGUUAGAGCAUGCGCUAAAAUCUCUCAGACUUGGGACAGAGCAGCGAUCAAAGGACUUCCCUAACCCUUCAAAUCCUCAAAAAUCUGCCGCUCCAUCGAAUCCCAAUUCCUCAACACCUUCAAAUCCUCAAAAAUCUGCCGCUCCAUCGAAUCCCAAUUCCUCAACACCACUCCCAGAGGCACCACAUCAAUUAACUUGCGUCUCGCCAGUCCCGCCCCCAAAUCCAAAAGACAAAAGACAAACCCCCGAGGGCCUACCGCUGACGCCCUAUCAACGACCUCCAAUCCAAAACGAGGCUAUAGACAAAAUAACUACGCUGAAUUCCCAUCUUUACGAUCCUGGACCGGUGGACUCUAACCGUUCCACCCCCACCGUGUCCACUACGUCUUCUCCAGUACUUGAGCAGGCUCACCCGCAGCUUUUCCCUGAUAAUUAUAACCAGGGUGGGCGCCGCGAUUCCAUUGUAUCACAGGAUUCUACAGUGGCCCCUUCAAGUCCGCGGCCGAGGGGAAUUCCACGCGCAUCACGGGGAGACGCCGUCCUUAUUAGUUUCCUCGCACCCGAUCAACCUCAAAUUGCACUUAAAGCCGGCGAGAGCCCAUUAUUUUGGCUCAGUGGGAGCGAAUCUACGGAAACAGAAAUGGAGACAGAGAGUGGGGAUCAUGACAGGCCAGGUGGGGGUGACGGUGACAAUGAUAGCAGGAGUAUGAGCAGACAACAAUCCGAUGAAGGUGUAAAUGACAACGGAAAUAUGGAUAAUGGUGACGGAAACUCAACCGAUGGCGGCGUAGCUAAAGGUGGCGAUGGAGGAGGAGGAGGAGGAGGCGAUGAACGAAAAGGAAAUUCCGGAGAUGGGGGUAAAGAGAAAGGGAAUGGGGCUAGUGGGAAUGAUGGAGAGAAUAACGACAAGGAGGAGGAGGAGAAAAAGGAAGAGGACAAGAAAGACAAGAAGAAAAAGGCUAAAGAAAUGGAACAGCUGACUUCGGAUGCAGAUGCAAUGGAUAUUGAUGAAGGUCCCAAUGAGAAGUCCAUGAACGGGGAACAAAAGCUCAAGAAAGAGAAUGAUGGAACAAAUGAUGGCGAUACUUCUAUGGGCAGGAAGGACAGCAAUGCCAUGGAGGUUGAAGUACCUUCUUCCGAAGCAGCGGUGAAUAAUCUCAUGGCUCUUGCGGGGGCGGCUGGUAAAGAUCAACAGCCUUUUUCAUCAGGAGCAUCGCUUCCAGCAAUUUUCCCCACGUCCACGAGUGGUGGGUCAUGGGCACCAACGCCUCAUGCCCAGUCACCUCCCGGUCAACAUCUCAAAUUACCGUUACCCAAUUCCUCUCCUUCUCUCCCCUCGAUAAUGAAUGCCCCUUCGGCAAGCUCGCCGCCGAAUAGUCUUCCUGGAGGCGAUGGGAGGCAUACGACUUUACCACCAGUAUCGUCAAUCCAUGUUCUUGCAGAUAUUGCUGAGAAGGAGUCUUCUCAGCAACAGCAAACCACAUGGGCUAACAACAAUCGUAUGGCCCCAAAUGCUAGGACGGUUUAUCCAACCGUCUCAUCCCAUGUUAGUGUCGCGCCUUCUAACAGAUCGGGCCAAGCCGCCCAAUCACCUGGUCUUCCCCGUCCUGCACAGGCAGCCCACGGAUACGGCCCUGACGGAAACUCUCGCCCACCUAUGCAUCAUCUCUCGUUGCAGCAGAAACAAAUUCUCUUGAGCCAGGAAUAUUACCCCCCGCAACAUCAGCACUACCAGUCUCCCUAUCCACCUAUAAAAGAUGCAAGUAACAACGGGAAUCCAAACUCCUUUAGCCCAAACUUUGGACGUGAGCUACCAGGAAUCAUGAGUUCACCGCCUCCUCCUGGAGGGGCCAAUUUUUUUGCGCAGCAACAUAAUAUGCCAUCAACAAUAAGUGGGCGAAGAGAUUCAGCAUUUGAAUACUAUUCAGAACAUACACCACCGUCAGGCCCAAGUACAGGAGAAACAAUGGCCAGCUCUGAUGAGACUGUAACAAGUCCUAGGAACCGUCCAGGGAUGCCAGCUGGAACUCAAGGAGCAUUAUCUGCUGGCGUUUUUAAGUGCGAAUAUCAAGGUUGCAAAGCUCAACCUUUUCAAACACAGUACCUAUUGAAUUCCCAUGCCAAUGUACACUCGUCCGCUAGACCCCACUACUGUCCUGUAAAGGGCUGUACAAGGGCAGAAGGUGGGAAAGGGUUUAAAAGAAAGAAUGAAAUGAUCCGCCAUGGAUUAGUUCAUGAUUCGCCCGGAUACGUCUGCCCGUUUUGUCCCGAUAGGGAACAUAAGUACCCAAGGCCAGAUAAUCUACAACGGCAUGUGCGAGUUCAUCAUAUGGAUAAAGAUAAAGACGACCCGCAGUUGAGAGAUGUUCUAUCCCAGCGACCUGAAGGAGGAAACAGAGGUAGAAGACGAAGGCUGGGGGCGUGA